AUGCUCUGCGCAAGGCCAGAGGCAGUGGUGCUCCUGGGAGCUCUGCUGACUGCAUCCCUGGAUCCAGCGGGCGGCCAGGACUCACUCCCACUGUCCUGGGAAGUGCAGCGCUAUGACGGCUGGUUCAACAACCUGAGGCAUCACGAGCGUGGCGCAGCGGGCUUCCGACUGCAGCGCCUCGUGCCAGCCAGGUACGCGGAUGGCGUUUACCAGGCUCUGGGGGAGCCGCAGCUGCCCAACCCGCGCCUACUCAGCGACGCCGCCAUGCGGGGCACAGCCGGGCAGCCAUCCCGCCGCAACCGCACCGUGCUGGGGGUCUUCUUUGGCUACCACGUGCUCUCGGACCUGGUGAGCGUGGAGACCCCCGGCUGCCCAGCCGAGUUCCUCAACAUCCACAUCCCGCCCGGCGACCCGGUGUUCGAUCCCGACCGGCGCGGGGACGUGGUCCUCCCCUUCCAGAGGAGCCGCUGGGACCCCGAGACCGGACAGAGCCCCAGUAAUCCCCGGGACCUGACCAACGAGGUGACGGGCUGGCUGGACGGCAGCGCCAUCUAUGGCUCCUCGCACUCGUGGAGCGACGCGCUGCGGAGCUUCUCCGGGGGGCAGCUGGCGUCGGGGCCCGACCCCGCCUUCCCCCGGAACGCGCAAAGCCCCCUGCUCAUGUGGACUGCGCCCGACCCCGCCACCGGACAGCGCGGGCCCCGGGGGCUGUACGCCUUCGGGGCGGAGCGAGGGAACCGCGACCCGUUCCUGCAGGCGCUGGGCCUGCUGUGGUUCCGCUACCACAACCUGUGCGCGCAGCGGCUGGCCCGCGAGCACCCGCAAUGGGGGGACGAGGAGCUGUUCCAGCACGCGCGCAAGAGGGUCAUCGCCACCUACCAGAACAUCGUUUUGUAUGAGUGGCUGCCCAGCUUCCUGCAGAAAACACCCCCGAAGUAUGCAGGAUACAGCCCUUUCCUGGACCCCAGCAUCUCCCCAGAGUUCCUGGUGGCCUCUGAGCAGUUCUUCUCCACCAUGGUGCCUCCUGGGGUCUACAUGAGGGAGCUGCUCCCCGGGGGGCUCCUGGAGAGCCAUGGGGACCCCGGGCCCCUCUUCAGCACCAUCGUCCUUAACCAGUUUGUGAGGCUGCGGGAUGGCGACCGCUACUGGUUUGAGAACACCAGGAAUGGGCUGUUCUCCGAAAAGGAAAUCGCAGAAAUCAGAAACACUACUCUUUGGGAUGUGCUGGUGGCUGUUAUCAACGUGGAUCCCAGUGCCCUGCAGCCCAAUGUCUUUAUCUGGCAUGCAGAUGCCCCGUGCCCUCAGCCUCGGCAGCUCACAACCCAAGGCUUGCCCCACUGUUUGCCCCUGACCAUGUUGGACUACUUUGAGGGCAGCGGUCCUGGGUUUGGCAUUACCAUUGUGGCUCUCUGCUGUCUUCCGCUCGUGAGUCUGCUUAUCUCUGGGGUGGUGGCCCAUUUCCGGAGCCGAGAGUGCAAGAGGCUACAGAAGAAAGGCAAAGAGAGUGUGAAGAAAGAAGCAGUCAAAGAUGGUGUGCCAGCGAUGGAGUGGCCGGGCCCCAGGGAGAAGAGCUACCCCAUCACUAUCCAGCUGCUCCCAGACAGGCGUCUGCAGGUCCUGGACAGGCGGCACUCUGUGCUCCGCACCAUCCAGCUGCGGCCCCCGCAGCAGGUCAACCUCGUCCUGUCUGGCAACCGUGGACGCCGGACCCUGCUGCUCAAGAUCCCCAAGGAGUAUGACCUGGUACUACUGUUUAACUCUGAUGAGGAGCGGGGCACCUUCGUGCAGCAUCUGCAGGACUUCUGUGUGCAGUGGGCUCUGGGCCUUGAUGUGGCUGAGAUGAGCGAGAACGAGCUGUUCAGGAGGGCUGUGACCAAGCAGCAGCGGGGCCGCAUCCUGGAGAUCUUCUUCAGACACCUGUUUGCCCAGGUGCUGGACAUCGACCAGGCAGACGCAGGGACCCUGCCCCUGGACUCAUCACAGAAGGUACGGGAGGCCCUGACUUGCGAGCUGAGCAGAGCUGAGUUUGCCGAGUCCCUGGGCCUCAAGCCCCAGGACGUGUUUGUGGAGUCCAUGUUCUCCCUGGCUGACAAAGAUGGCAAUGGCUACCUGUCCUUCCGGGAGUUUCUGGACAUCCUGGUGGUCUUCAUGAAAGGCUCCCCAGAGGACAAGUCCCGCCUGAUGUUCACCAUGUAUGACCUUGAUGCAAAUGGCUUCCUCUCCAAGGAUGAGUUCUUCACCAUGAUGCGGUCCUUCAUCGAGAUCUCCAACAACUGCCUGUCCAAGGCCCAGCUAACAGAGGUGGUGGAGUCCAUGUUCCGGGAGUCUGGCUUCCAGGAUAAGGAGGAGCUGACGUGGGAGGACUUCCACUUCAUGCUGCGGGACCAUGACAGCGAGCUCCGAUUCACGCAGCUCUGCGUCAAAGGUGGAGGUGUGUGAGUAUGUUAGAAGUGGUAGGAAUCAGGGAGGGGUGUUGGAGACAUCUUUAAACCAAACAUCAGCUGUCGAGUCUCAUUCAUCACUCGGACUCGGGGGGAACGCUCCUGCUCCCAGAAACUGGAGCUCCCUGCCUCAGAAUCCCCAGAGCUGGGAGGCCCUGGGCUGAAGAAGAGGUUUGGCAAAAAGGCGGUGGGGCCCGCUCCCCGGCUGUACACAGAGGCGCUGAAGGAGAAGAUGCAACGGGGCCUCCUGGCCCAAAAGCUUCGGCAGUACAAGCGCUUCGUGGAGAACUACCGGCGACACAUCAUGUGCGUUGCCAUCUUCUCGGCCAUCUGUGCGGGCCUGUUUGCAGAGCGGGCCUACUAUUAUGCCUUUGCCUCGCCACCCUCGGGCAUUGCAGAGACCACCUUUGUGGGCAUCAUCCUGUCCCGGGGCACGGCCGCCAGCAUCUCUUUCAUGUUCUCCUACAUCCUGCUCACCAUGUGCCGCAACCUCAUCACCUUCCUGCGAGAGACCUUCCUCAACCACUACGUGCCCUUCGACGCUGCCGUGGACUUCCAUCGCUGGAUCGCCAUGGCUGCUGUUGUCCUGGCCAUUUUGCACAGUGCUGGCCACGUCGUCAAUGUCUUCAUCUUCUCAGUCAGUCCCCUCAGCCUGCUGGCCUGCAUCUUCCCCAACGUCUUUGUGAAUGAUGGGUCCCAGCUUCCCCAAAAGUUCUACUGGUGGUUCUUCCAGACGGUCCCAGGUAUGACAGGGGUGCUCCUGCUCCUGGUCCUGGCCAUCAUGUAUGUCUUCGCCUCCCACCACUUCCGGCGCCGCAGCUUCCGGGGCUUCUGGCUGACCCACCACCUCUACAUCCUGCUCUACGUGCUGCUCAUCAUCCACGGCAGCUUCGGCCUGAUCCAGCUGCCCCGUUUCCACAUCUUCUUCCUGGUCCCGGCACUAAUCUAUGGGGGAGACAAGCUGGUGAGCCUGAGCCGGAAGAAGGUGGAGAUCAGCGUGGUGAAGGCGGAGCUGCUGCCUUCAGGAGUGACCCACCUGCAGUUCCAGCGACCCCAUGGCUUUGAGUACAAGUCAGGGCAGUGGGUGCGGAUCGCCUGCCUGGCUCUGGGAACCAACGAGUACCACCCCUUCACACUGACUUCUGCACCCCAUGAGGACACACUCAGCCUGCACAUCCGGGCAGCAGGCCCCUGGACCACUCGGCUCAGGGAGAUCUACUCACCUCCAACGGGUGACGGCUGUGCCAGAUACCCAAAGCUGUACCUUGAUGGACCAUUUGGAGAGGGCCACCAGGAGUGGCAUAAAUUUGAGGUGUCAGUGCUGGUGGGAGGGGGCAUUGGGGUCACCCCCUUUGCCUCCAUCCUCAAAGACCUAGUCUUCAAGUCAUCCUUGGGCAGCCAAAUGCUCUGUAAAAAGAUCUACUUCAUCUGGGUGACGCGAACCCAGCGGCAGUUUGAGUGGCUGGCUGACAUCAUCCGGGAGGUGGAGGAGAAUGACCGCCAGGACCUGGUGUCCGUGCACAUCUACAUCACCCAGCUGGCUGAGAAGUUUGACCUCAGGACCACCAUGCUGUACAUCUGUGAGCGGCACUUCCAGAAGGUGCUGAACCGGAGUCUGUUCACGGGCCUGCGCUCCAUCACCCACUUUGGCCGCCCCCCCUUCGAGCCCUUCUUCAAGUCCCUGCAGGAGGUCCACCCGCAGGUACCGAAGAUUGGGGUGUUCAGCUGUGGCCCUCCAGGAAUGACCAAGAAUGUAGAGAAGGCCUGUCAGCUCAUCAAUAGGCAGGACCAGGCCCACUUCGUGCACCACUACAAGAACUUCUGA